AUGGAGUAUAAUAUAUAUUCUAACGAUGAUAGCAUUAAUGAGAUUAUUUUCUCCGCCUUAAAAGAUUUGGAUGAUACCUUUUUUGUUGAACCUUUAGGUUCUGAAGAUGAGAAGGAAGAAUCUGAUUCUCUGUCAGAUAUUGAACCAACAUCUGAUGUGGAUGAUGAAAUUCCUUCAAGUAAAUUAAAUGAAUUUGUUUUCGAAGAUAUACCAGAUAAUUACAUUGAAGACAAAAUCUAUGAUGAUUUAAAAUUAGAA